CGUGCACUAGACUUAAUUCUCCCAUACUCUUUUUCCAUGGCUGCUUAUCUACAUACCAUGUCGUACUAGUCUCAUCCGAGUUUCAUCCACAUUUACUACAAGUUUUUCGUGCUCCUUUUCCUUGGCUAUGAAGACUGUGUGGUCUGCGACGUUCUCCGCCCUCGCGAAGCUUCAAGUCGAACUCUCUUCCAUCUGGCAUCCGAUAGUUUCCCUAUUGGUAGCAUCGGUCAUAGUCUUCGUGUCGACAGUUAAUUUAAGCCCCAAAAACGAGCACAUUGCGCAAGCGCCGUGCUGGAUGUCAUUACAGACAGGGAAAGGCUCCAUCGUAAUCAUUUGCAUCUUGACGAGCCCUUUAAUGAGCCUCAGCAUCUCGCAUUAAUGGUUAUGCUACUUCUGCAGGGGCCAACCUAGAGUGAACCUGCCGCGUGGACACGAUGACAGAACCAGAAAGAGGCUCUGGCAAGACAACAUCGUCUGUUCGCCUGGCACUGCACUGCUUUGAAGCCAAAGUAUAC